AGUCCAAAAUACUUACAACAUGCACCGGUUAUUCUGAGCUGCGUACAACCCGCAAUUUGAAUCAGCAACAACAAAUCUGACAUGUGUCAAAUGUACCCAGAAACCAAUUUUCGCUACAGGGUGCGUUUUGCGCUCUUCUCAUUCUGCGCGCGAAAAGCAUGUGAGAAAAAUUAGAAAUGUUGCACCUUUUUACAUGUUUUAUUAUUUAUAUGCUAUUAAAUGCGGAUACUCUUCAAUCAACUAACCAACAUUACAAAUCGAGUGUGAAACAAAAGAGCUAUCUUUCCGAAAGCAACUUAAGGCCUGUUUCCGCAACCGUGUAACCGCGCACUAAUCGAAGGUGGGUUUGUUUAUAUUUCGGAGGGUUGGUUGGUUGGUGGUUCUCUGUCAGUUGCUUCAUUGUUCAAACAAUUUUUCGACUCCGCUCGGGACGGAGGUAUAGCUCGCGGGUGGCUCACGCGUUCUGCUGCUACGGUGUGCGAUAAACGUGUGUGAAGCGGUUUUACACGGUUGGUGGUGGGCCAAGAAAACCCGUUUUCUUGGAGUCACAAGCCGCUCGGAACGAAGUGAAGUUCUUCUUGAGGCAAGCCGACAGCGACACACACCGCGAGACAACCAACAAGUGAUAGCAAAGUUCUUCCUGCGGUCGAAAGUCACAUUCAUCUCGUACAGAUUAGAAAAUUGUUGGCUUCGGUUCGAAAUAGUUUUAAUAGGUUUUUUUUGUGUGUGUACAAAAGUGCAUCAGUAGUGGCAAUCGUGCAUCGUGAUAGUGUGUGAAGGAAGUGUGCAUUUCGUUCCUAUUAGUGAAACGCGAUAACGUUUGAUUUCCGGAAUUAUUUACUCACCCAUGAUAGGUGGUUCAGUGUGUCCAGUUCAACAUUAUCUUUCCCUUGCCCUUGUUCCAACCGGGCCCAACCCCGGUUUGCUUUGCUCAUCGGAAAUUCCAGCGCUUCCUUCGACAGGUGUUAUGGUAAUUGCCCCUCCAAUGCGCUUGUGCAUCCGUCCUUGAAACAGCCAGGAGAAAGGAAGUUUUGUUGGUAGCACACUCACACACAUACACCAACUGGGAGUUGCAUCUCGACAGCGAAGCGCCACAUUCAACAGCAUCCUUAUCGAAGUAAUGCUGAAGCAAACGUAAACAAUAACGACGGAACAAAUAAAACGGCCCUGUCCGUGGAGGCUGUGUGAAGAGGGAGAGCAAUAUAGAUGCGAUAAUCAUCCCCCGACACACGACCACACGACUGCUACGACUUUGUUGAUAGAAUUCUGAACAUCUGCCAAAAGUAUACACAAACACACAGCCUACUCGUCUGUAGAAAAAGCCCCGGCUUGCCGAUUGAUCGAAAUGUCAAGCAGCUGAAUUGGAUCGAAUUUUGUUUCAUCUUUGAGUGGCGUUUCUUUUUGGAUUUGUUUUGUCCAACGUCGAAGAAGAAGAGCGCAGAAAGGAAUUGGCAGCGUUUAGCAACCCUCAGGAUUGAGAAACAGCACCCGGAAGCAACACCGCGAAACGCCGAAUGUCUCGAUGAUUGUGGAGGACGAAAGGAACAACGCAUCUCGUUGCCACCGUAGCUGACCGAGAGAGCAAGAGUGGCGUGGUGGUGUAGCGGUAUCGUUUCAGUGAGCGGACCCGGAAGGCGGCGAUAGGAACGAUGUUCUUUCGCGGCGGGCUCAGCAUACGGCGCAAUUUGUACACGCGUGUUGGACUGCUGCUGGUGCUCGGGCUGUUCGUGUUGUUCUACUUCAAGAACCUAAACGGUUCACCAAACUCCCUCGGGAGUUCGAGCCUCGAGCAGGCCAAACCGUUACCACAGAUAGGACAGCAUGCGAACGGGUUGGAGCUGCUGGCGGCUGCAGAAGCAGCGGCAAAUGGUGGAUCCCUCAACAAGGGCAACCUACUGCCCGUCCAGACUGGUGAUGCACUGUUCGAGCGGUUAGUGUUGGCUGACCUUGCGAAACAGCGACCCGGGCUUGGCAAUAACGGGGAGGGCGUUGAGCUGACCGGCGAUGCGAAGGAAAUAGGUGAAAAGCAAUUGGCCACGAUAGCGCUAAACGAAGAGCUGAGCGAACACUUGAGCUACAAUCGCACACCGCCGGACGGGCGACAUCCGGCCUGCAAGCGGAAACACUACGAUCUGAACAGCCUACCGUCGACGAGCGUCAUCAUCAUCUUCUACAACGAGCCUUACUCGGUGCUGCUGCGUACGGUGCACAGCGUGCUGAAUACGGCCGAUGGGCGGCUGCUGCGUGAGAUCAUUCUGGUCGACGACGGUAGCACCAACGUGGAGCUGAAGGGAAAGCUCGACUACUACGUCCGGACCCGGCUCCCGGCGAAGGUGAAGGUGCUCCGGCAACGACAACGUGUCGGAUUAAUACGGGCACGGUUAGCGGGUGCCCGGCUGGCAAAGGCCGACGUACUAGUCUUCCUCGAUGCGCACUGCGAGUGUAUGGUGCAGUGGCUGGAACCGUUGCUCGAGCGGAUCAAGGAAUCGCCGACGAGCGUCCUGGUGCCGAUCAUUGAUGUGAUCGAGGCAAAAAACUUCUACUACAGCACGAACGAUUACAACGAUUUUCAGAUCGGUGGAUUUACCUGGGACGGGCACUUCGAUUGGCAUGAUGUGACCAAGCGGGAACGCGCGCGCCAGAAGCACGAAUGUCCCGAGAAGGAUCUGGAGAUCUGUCCCACGUACAGCCCAACCAUGGCCGGCGGUUUGUUUGCGAUUGCGCGCGACUACUUCUGGGACAUUGGCAGCUACGACGAGCAGAUGGAUGGUUGGGGCGGUGAGAAUCUCGAAAUGUCGUUCCGCGUGUGGCAGUGUGGUGGUACGCUGGAAACGAUACCUUGCUCCCGCAUUGGCCACAUUUUCCGCGAUUUUCAUCCUUACUCCUUCCCCAAUGAUCGUGAUACACACGGCAUCAACACGGUCCGGAUGGCGAUCGUCUGGAUGGACGAUUAUGUAGAGCUGCUGUACCUAAACCGGCCAGAUCUGAGGGACCAUCCGGAACUGGGCGACGUGACGCACCGGAAGGUGUUGCGCGAAAAGCUGCACUGCAAAAGCUUCGACUGGUACAUGAAAAACGUGUACCCGGAGAAGUUUAUUCCAACGCGCAACGUGCUCGCUUUCGGCCGGCUAGCGUCGCAGGCGGAAAAUCUUUGCCUCGACACGCUCCAGCAAAAUGCCGAAAAACCUUGGAACCUUGGCAUUUACACCUGCUUCAAGCCGGAAGUGUCGGCGUCGCAGCUGUUUUCGCUCACGAAACGCAGCGUGCUGCGUAACGAGCGUAGCUGCGCGACGGUACAGGCCAGCAAGUCGGAAUCGAAGUUUGUGGUCAUGAUACCGUGCAUCGACGACGACGAUAUCGACGACACGUGGGAGUUUACCGAGCAUCGGCAGCUGCGCCAUAAGCAGUCGGGACUGUGCCUGGACAGUAGCGAUCUGUCGACGAAAAGUUACGUCCAUGUGGCAACGUGUCAUCCUGGCAUCAAGACACAAAAGUGGGAAUUUCAGCAUCAGUGAGUAGUGUGGAGAGGGCAUCCAACCUCUCUUUUGCUAACUGUGUGUUUAUAUGUGUGCGUGUGUCGCACAACCAACUGGAAAUCUUCAAUCUACAUUAUGGUCCACCAAUCCUGGACUAGCAGUAAACCGUAAGAGUACUUCGACUGGAAGCAAAACAAUAAUACCUCGUUAAGGUUGAUACUAACGUAGCAAAACAAAAAACCAAGCUUAACAUCUAGGAUAUUGACGUACGUGCGACAUCACAUAACAGAAAGCAAGGUAAUAUCAGAAGGCUAAGUUCUUAUAGAAGGGAUAUAUAGAAAGAAGACAGCUCUUUAGAGGUCGGUAAGAAAGAGAUAACAAUUAAACGAUUGUGUUGUUGUUACCAACGGAAUGGUUGCUAUGGUAGAAAGCUAAGCAACUCGCUAGGUAGUUUAUCAAAACCGAUCAUAGUAAGCAACGAUCGUCGGUCGGCCAAAUAGAACCAGAUGUGCAAAAUGUAUAAAUUAUGUGGAAUUGAUCGAAAAGCGGACCUUGAGGCACGUGCUCAAGGACCAGAUAUUAUUUUGUAAGGACUUAUUUCGAUUGCAGCUAUUGCUUCCAAUUGUCGCUCAAUUAUGAUGAUCCCAAAAAGUGGGGCUAAAAUGCAAAAACGCAAAAUCAUUCCUUCCCAAGAAUUGACUUGUCCGUUUAACCGUACCGUUAGCUUUUUUGAGUCGGUUGAACGUUGCAAAACCGCGGUAGAGUUAAUUAUUGACAAGGACUUUUUUACUGUACCGCCGAUAUUGAUGUUUCGUACCAUUUUUUUUACAUCACGCACGAACACGAGCCUGUCCCGAGGGUGUCAACAAUGCAUCACAGCUAGGUAAUUAAACGCCAGAAGAAAAGUUGAGCAAUCGGCAACGACGAGUACUUACAGCCAAUGGUGGACGCAAUUCAGUAGCACAAUUCGGAUAAGAAAAAUCCAACACAGAACAACACAGAUGCCGUGCCGAUUUGAAUGUGAAACAGAACUCAAAAGUGCCACAGAACUUAAGAUUAAAAACAACAAACUAGUGCCACCGGUGGUUACACGUGGUGAAAAUGCAAAUGCUGCGAAGUACGAAGACCGAAUUGCAGCACCGAUAAACAGGACGAUCCUACUGACGGGGGUUGAAGAUAAUAGAGUUAUUUAUGUAUGUUUGCCGGAGCAGAAGCGUGCGUGCUAGCUUGCUUGGGUACUGCCAAAAUGCGCCAUCACUACAAUGCCAAAUGUGCUUUUUGUUUCACGCAACCGGUGCGUUCCUAUAUGAAACUACUGCUUAAGCAAAACGAAAACGGAAUCGGAAGCGCUAUCGCUAUUGACAGGAAUUGUUUUUAAAACGAACGUCAUGAGAAGGAUGGAGUACGACUUUUUUUCUGCUCAAUGUUCUACUCCUCGAUCGUGUGAAACGUAAAGGAAAAGCAUCCACACGCGUUAAUCAGAUGCGCAAGAAGUGAAGGCAGCGGGUGAGAAAAACAGUAUGUGAAAAUUGUACAUUAUACAAAAGCGUAAUGAAAGCGGUGCCAGACGACGGGCGCCGCGAAACUGGAGACUGGUGUACAGGAAUAUUGGGGGUAAAAGCAAAAACAUUGUUACAAUAAACUAUUUGUUUAAAAAUAUA